GCUUGGCGUGGCGGCAGGGACGAGCCGGAAACUGCGCAGCGACAGCCGGGCCGGCGGCGGGGGCCGCGUUUGCCGCUGCGGGCAGCUCCUUGCCCUGGGACAACGGGCGCUGGAUAACGGAUGCGGGGAGUCUUUGAAAAAUCCUUAGUGAUCAUGACAUUGUUACAAGUGACAUAAGUUAGCCAGUGGCUCAGAAUGAUGGAUACCCAGAAGACUACAAAUGGUUUGCAAGUGAUUGGAGAAGGGACUGGUAUAGGGAAAUCGACACUCCACAUGGUGGGGUAUUUGGGAAAAAACUGUAACCCUGUGGAAACAACUGCACAUGAGUAUUGUCCAGUCUGCAAAGAGAAGGGCCAGGUCCAAGUGUUACGGACUUAUCGCAUUAAUUUUCAAGAGUCCAUUUUUCUUUGUGAAAAUCCUCAGUGUAUCUACCCACUUGGUUAUAAACCGAUAAACAGCAUAAUUACUUCUACUGAUUCAGAGAAUCAUCAAGUUCCAUCUACUCAUAAGAAGAGGAAAUUGUGUGAUAGUAGUGACUUUUCUCCUGUUGAAUCACAUCCAAAAAAAGCAAGAACUAAUAAUGUUGUAAAAGCUGACCACACUGUUAAUACAGAUCCUGUUGUCAAAUGCUAUCAGAAUGGUUUAUGUAUUCCAAAAUUGAACUUACACGAUGUGUUACAAAAUGAUAAGCAAAAACUUAAUAACAAUGUGGAGUCCUGCAUGCAGAAGGUGGAUUUUGAAACAGACAGCAUCACUAACAUCUAUCAAGAAAGUCCUCCACAGACUUCUAGUCCCAGAACACAGCUCUUGCCAAAUUCUGAACUUACCUCAGCAUCUGAAAUUUUGCUCAAAGAUGAUAAAGCUUCCACUAAUAACACCAAUUUAUGUCUUCAAUGGAGAAACACACAUAAUCUUUGUUGGUUAGAUUGUAUUUUGUCAGCACUGGUACAGUUAGAAACAUUAAGAUUUGCUCUGGCAGAAGACUGUAGUGAUGGAAAAUGUUUACUCCAGGAGCUCUUAACAAAAUAUAACCAAGCAACUGUGCUUCUGAAUACUUGUGACAGGAUUAAAGUAAAAGAUGUUCUUCCAAAAGCAGAAUCACAUCUCAAUGAAAUCAGAAACAGAAUUUUUACACAGCUUCAACCUCGACUUAGGUGUAAAUUUGGUAAGAAUAGUCCAGUGUUUGCACUCCCUCUCCUCUUAAAACUGGAUCAACAAGCUGAGAAGCUCUUCUUGCAUUCAUUUUCAUGGAAGUUUGAAUGUUUACGUUGUGGCUACAAAUACCAGGACCGGUGUGAGAAAACACUAACAACAUUCACAAAUAUAAUUCCUGAUUGGCAUCCACUUAAUGCUUUCCAUGUUGGACCAUGUAAUAACUGUAGUGAUAGAUCUCAAAGAAGACAGAUGAUUUUGGAAAAAAUACCUUCAAUAUUAAUGUUACAUUUCGUAGAAGGUUUGCCACAUAACAACCUGAGGAGCUAUUCAUUUCAGUUUGGAGACAACUGCUACCAAAUAACAUCUAUUGUUCAGUAUCAAACAGAUAAGAAGCACUUCAUAACCUGGUCUUUGAAUCCUGAUGGAACUUGGCUGGAAUGUGACGAUUUAAAGGGGCCAUAUUGCAAGAGACAUACAAGAUUUGAAGUUCCUCCUUCAGAGAUUCAUAUUGUUAUCUGGGAAAAGAAAACAUCCCGUGUGUCAGAAGAACUGAAUGCACAGUUCCAGGCUAAACAUAUUGAAGAUCUACCUCUUAAUAACGUACAGUCGAAUUCCACAGUGUUGCACUGUGGUUUUGAUAUCAUGCUAGACAAAAUACCUGAAGAACAUCACAAAGAGGAUUCUGUGAGAACUCCAGACAAGAAAGAGCAGCAGGUAGCUGAGGAUGAAAGUGGCAUUCAUGAUACCAUGGUAAACAAAAUACCUGAAGAACAUCACAGAGAGGAUUCUGUGAGAACUCCAGACAAGAAACAGCAGCAGGUAGCUGAGGAUGACACUGACAUUCAUCAUGGCUUAGUAAAUCUGGCACAGGAUGAUCUUGUAACACUGAUACUUGAAGAAAUUCAAGUUGACUCGGAAGGUAAAUUGCUGUCAAAUGGACAAAUGGUGGGAAACAACUUUGUUGGUGAAACCAGCACAUUGCAGCAGGGGCAGUUAGCUUUUUCAUCUCACAGUCCAUGUGAAGAGUUUGCUGGAACUGGUCUAGCUAUGAACAACAAAGCAGUGUUAUAUGAAAACUCCAGCAUUUGCUUGCCCCUGGAACAGUUAAACCCAUCAAAUAUUACCCCUUCUGAGCCCAAAACCCGAGACCCUGACCCACCUGAUUCAUUACUUGCUCAAAAAGUAGAUGACAAUACUAAUUUCCCUAACACAGAACAUGGGUUAAAUUCAGAGCUACAGCUAAAUAGGAAGUUGCCACUAGUAGAGAAUAUUAUGCAAAAAUCACCUGACUUGCAAGAUGCAAAUAAAAUUGUAGUUAAUUCUCAGGUUGCCAAUUUUACUUCUGCCAAUAAUUCCUCUCAGCCUUCACACAAAGACCAAAAAAGAGGAUUUGUAGGAAGCUGGGUAAAGAAAUUAUUAGGCAAGAAUGCUUCUUUUAUGCCUUCAAGUGCCUCAGCUCUCAAGAAUGAGAGAAGUUGCAGAACUCCCUCAGUGCAAAAAAUAAGUGAAGUACGGUUGCCAGUUAAGGGAGCCAGUAACUUUGGUGGGUUUCAAAGCAGACGUACAAACAAAACAACUGAGACCCCCAAGUCAGUGGCUCCUGGGAGCAGUAACACUCUCCCUUUAUCAAAUUUCAAAGGAUUUUCUCAAAGCUCUCAUCUUCCAACAGCAAGUCGUACCGCUACCGAAGAUCCGACUUGGAAUAAGUCAGGAAGUAGGUUGGGUGCCUCAGGUAAAGUGACUCAGUUCCAUUCACCUCCCUGUAACUCUGGGAAGGCAGAAGAGUCAGACAGGGACAAAACAAAAAGACUUCGCCUAAAACUGUUAAAAAAGCUUAAUGCUAAAAAGAAGAAGUUGGCUUCACUGGAUAGGCUAGCAGUGGAACAGAUGCAACAUGAAAAAGCUGUGAGUGAAGAUGUAAGUACCCCACCACAGACUGCUUCUCACAGUGACAGUGAGUUGCUGCAGAGCUUUUUAAGGGAACUGCAGCAUCAGAUUGAUGUUGCAGGGAAUGAAUCUGAAUUUAAUAUAAACUCUGUAUCAGGGUGCACUAGCAAUAGUAACAGUGAUGAAAUACUGGCAGAACUGCUGUCCCCUACUUCAACUGUUGCUUCCCUGGAGGCUCCUAAAAGUGAAGAUGAAUGUAUGUAUAUGGAAAUGGUGCAUAGCAGUGUUACAGCAACAGAGCCUGAUGACACCAGUGUGCCACAUGCAGCAAUGACAGGUGAGGACCACAAUUAUUACAGUCCUGUCAAGGAUGGUAAUUUAGAACUUCAUGCAAUAAGCAAACCCAGCAUGAAAAAGCUUGCUUUUGAAAGCCCUACAGGGGAAGAUAUCCUUGAUGACCUGUUCUCCAUUUCAACACCAAGCUCAAUGGCAGGUGACAUAGAUUUACCUCAUUUUGAUGAAACACUGUUUGAAACUUGGUAAAUAUUUGGUUUCUUGGUUUUAAGUGUUUUUCAAUCUUGUGUAUAUUUGGAAGCAAAGCACUAUUAAAUUAUGUUUUCUAA